AUGCCGCAGUGGCUGGUGAUUGGCAUCUCGGGCGUCACCUGCGGCGGCAAGACGACGCUGGCCCACAGUCUGCACGAUUACUUCAAGGGUCUGAGUGGAGCGCCGCUGUGGAACUCGCCGUACACCAUUGGCGAAGUGCGUCUGAUCUCGCAGGACGACUACUUUCUGCCCGUGGACGACAAGCGGCAUCAGCGGAAUGAGGCGCUGAAUGUCAUCAAUUUCGAGCUGAUCACCUCGCUGGACAUGGCCAAAAUGCUGAACGACAUAGCGCACAUCAUCAAGGGGGUGGCGCCAGAGCCACCGGAGCAGCAGAUGGUUACCUAUGCCAAUUUCGAGCACUAUGCCAUGCAGUUCCAGCAGCAGUAUCACUACAAUGCCAACUACUACAAGCAGGUCAAUGGCUAUCCUCCUCCACAGCAGCAGCAGCCAAGGCCACACCACCAACAGCAUCGUCAUAAUCACCACUCCCAGCAGCAGCAGCAGCAUCAUCACCAGCAGCAGCAAAUCCACCAGCAACAGCAGCAGGCGAGGAACAUCAUGCGUAUCAAUGCCCAGAUAGCCGCCCAGCUGAGAGACAAAAAGAUCAACUUCCUCCUGGUCGAGGGAUUCAUGAUCUUCAAUCAGCCGGAGCUGCUUGCCCUGUGCAACCUCAAGUACCAUUUCCAUCUGCCCUACGAGAAGUGCUUCGAGCGGCGCAGCAAACGCACCUACGAUCCACCCGAUGUCACCGGCUACUUUGAGCUCUGCGUUUGGCCGCACUACGAGAAGAACUUCAGCGAGUAUCGGGAUUGCAAGGACAUCACAUUCCUCAAUGGGGAGAUUGCCAAGGAGAAGAUCUUCAAGUUCGUGCUCCAGCGCAUUGUGCACUACUUCGAGGAGCGUUGCGAGGUCCCCACACCAGCUCCACCCGCCGCCUGUCCACCGCAGCAAAAGCGCUUCGGGAUGCUCUACGUGGGUCCCAGCAAUAACAACGUGAUGCCCACGGCGUGUCCCAUGGAGCAGUAAAUUGUCCUUCUUUGAUGCACAGUGUACAAUAAAGGAAUAUUGUAUAUGUUA